AUAAUGGAACAGUACGUACCUACUACCUUUCAUAAACGUACCUAAGUAGGUACCUACACUACGCUUUUUCUAUUUUACGCCUUUAUACGACGUAUUUACUUCAAAGAUAAAUUAAUUCAAAGAAUUGAUCGAAUUACAUACACUGGAGAGUAUGUUUGAUGAAUUACUUUAAACCUAAUAAAGAUCAAUGUGAUAUCAACAUCACACAUAAUGGAAAAUAUAGCAUUCAUGAAGAAAAAACUCCACAACAUUUGCCAGGCAGCGAGUUUCUGCUCCAUAUGUCUGGAAAGUACAGAAAACCUAUGGCUUUUGGACACAGAGUUUGACAUCACAGUAAAUGGCAGAACACAGAAGAAAAAGCUUAAAGAUUUGGUCUACUAUGUUUUCGAAAAUUGGAAGGAAGUUGUUGCGAGUGUCUACAUUUGUAGUUACUGCACAGAGAGAAGCAUACAAUCUUAUUUAUUUAUUUACAAUGCAAGGCAAUUGUCAAAAAUCAUGUCGUGCUACGUGGAAGAUUUGUCAACUAAAGUUGAUGAUGUUAACAUUCAGUUUCAAGAAGACAAUGAUUACUAUAAUUCAAAUGUUGUUAUAGUUCUUGAUGGAAAAGUUGAUGAUAUCAAUAAUUACAUUGAUGUUUGUAAAACAACGGAAAUCACAGCUAAAGAAUCUACAAAUUUACUUUUACAUGAAAACGAAAGAAAUAAAAAUUAUCAUUAUAGCAAGAGAUUAGAGAAGGAAAACGUGGCAGUAAAAUUAAACACACCAGAAAACAAAUUGAUAAAACCUUACAGGAAAAUGAGAAAGUUUUCAAAAAACGUCAUUUAUAAGUGUUUGAAAUGCAAAAGAAUUUUGACGACGUUGAAUUCGUGGAGUGAACAUGAGAAGAUCUGUAAAAACCACAGGCGAAUAACCAAUAUAGUGCUGUCAUUGCAAUGUAAAAUUUGUACUGAAGUGAUGAAAACCCAAAGAUUACUGACUCUGCACUAUAAAUUCCAUGAAAUGGAAAGAUGCAAAAUUUGCCAUUUUAUAAUGCCCGAAGGUGGUUUGAGCGAUCAUUUAAAAUUGAAUCAUGAAGACGAUAUUUAUGUAUGCGAGUUUUGCGAUCACAUAUCCUACUCGAAGUUAGCUUCAGAAGUUCACAAGAAGAAAAAACAUGGCGAUCCCCAAUGCAUCAUGUGUUUGAAGAAUUUUAAAGUUUCAGAAUUGAACAGUCACAAAUGCAAGUUUAGGUGUUUGGAUUGUGAACAGCUGCCGUGUAUUCAUCAUAAAUAUUUGGUUCACUAUAGGCAACAAGUGUUGAGUGAAUCCAAGAAGAUUCAGUGCUUAGAUUGUGAGUACGUUUGUUCCAAACGAGAGGCCUUGAUUGCUCAUGUGAAUAGGGAGCAUUUGGAUCAUCACCCAUUUACAUGCGAACAUUGCUCUCAACAAUUCUACUCAAAAGUGACGCUAAAGUAUCAUUUGAACAGAUUUCACAGAAAUAAUUUCGUAUGCGAAUUUUGCGAUCUAGACUUCAAAGUGCGGGCCAUUUUGGAGGUACAUGUGGAAAAAUGUAAAUUGAUUAAAAGGCAAUUCAAAUGUGAUGACUGUGCGUCGUCUUUUGACACGCCACAAGAAUUGUUAUCCCAUAGAAGUACAAGACACAACGAGGAGAGAUUUCCUUGCAAUUUAUGCAAUGAGAAAUUCUUUUCUAACUUAAAGCUCAAAGAGCAUAUGUUUAGGAUACACUCUGGCAUUCAGACAAAACGAAAAAGAACCAACUUGGAAUGUACAAUAUGCGAAAUCAAAUUCGACGAUAAGAAAGAUUUUGUGCAACACAUUGCCGAACAUGGUUCUGUUAACGGCACACGAUUCCCUUGUAGGACUUGCAACAAAGACUUUGACGAUAUAAAGAAACUUCAUGCCCAUACUCGAAUGCACGGAGACGAUAUAAUCAAGUGUCCUAAUUGCAAGAAACCUAUAACUGAGGCGUUCUAUCCUUCACACAUGAUUUACUGUGGAGCUAAUAGAGACGAAGACACCAAUCUUUCAUGUGGAACGUGCGGUAAAACUUUCCAAUCGAAAUCAGUUUUGAACAACCACAAGCAGAUUCAUUUAGACUGCGUCACAUGUCAGAUUUGUGGGAAAUUAAUGAAGCCUAUAUAUCUUAAAAGGCAUUUAAAAUACACACAUGGACAAAAGGGUAGAAUAGAGAAAAAGUGUGUGAAAGUGAUCAAAUGUCAAUGGUGUGGCCACAUGGUCACACGGAAAGGGGAAUUGGACGCACACGUCAAUAGAUUCCACUUAAAGAUAAAGCCUUAUGAAUGUGAUACAUGUAACAAGAAGUUUUGUGGAAAAGAGCGUUUGAAAGAACAUAUUCAAACCCAUACAAGUGACCACAUUAGGUAUUGCACUGUUUGCGGCAAGAAAUUCGCGAAUCAAGUAUGCUUAAAAAUGCAUUUACGAUUACACUCUGGAGUUACGCCAUACUCUUGUGACGUAUGCGGCGAGAAGUUCAGGUCUUCAAGCAUAAUGAACACUCAUAAAAUAAAAAAGCACACAGAAAAAUCCAUAGCUUGCCCGUUGUGCGACAAUAUGUUUUAUUUUGCGAGGGAAAUGCGCCAUCAUUUCAAGAAAGUGCAUUGGAAGAAAAAAGGACAAAAGUUUGAUCCUAGGGAUGUAAAAGAAUUGGGAAAGGAGUUUUACUAUUUAUUCGAAGAUAGGCGAAUACCGAAAGUUAAUAAAGAUGAUGUUGUCUUCUCUUAAUAGUGAUGUUUUAUACCAAAGCGUCCUCUGUGAAUAAGAAUAUUAUAUACGUAACAAGAAUACUACAUGCCUACGUGUAUUUAUAUGUUAUACUACUAGAAUGACAAUAAUAUAGACUAUCAAGCUAUUGUAGAUGAAAGUUGAUAAAAAGAUCAACCAAAUAAAAAGAUAAUUGUAUCAUUAAACAGUAUAUUUUCUUGGAAAAUAGUUAUAAUAAACUUAAAAUCUAAAU